AUGAUGGCAAGCGGGAGAAGAAGCAAGGGGCGCUGCUACAAUUGCAAUGAGGAGGGUCACAUGGCUGCCAAGUGCACCAACAAGAAGAAGGAUGCAACACCCGCGGCAGCCGCAAACGUAGCUGAAGGAAAUGGGAAGGGCGUGGCGCUCACCGUCGCGUGUUCGGCUGCAAAGUUGCUGGCCGUCGACAAGGACUUGAGGUUCCUUGACUCAGGAUGCUCCCAACACAUGACCGGCCGAAAGGAGUGGUUCACGAUGAUCGAUGACCCAUCUGCAACGAAAUCUGUCAAAGGGUUUGAUGGGUCUAUGCAGGAAGUUGCCGGUGUUGGCGAGCUCACGGACAAAGGAGCAAAUCUGCAAAAUGAAGAAGGUGUCACCCGCAUCAUUGCAUCGAGAGGACAAGCGGCUGCAACAGCACGCUACCGCCAUCGUCUUCUGUACCUUGACCUGAAACCGUGGCCAGCAAGCAACGGCACAAUGGCUGGAGCGGCAUGCAAUGACACGGUGGCUGCAGCGGCUUGCACCGGUACGACGGCUAGAGCGGCAUGCAAUGGCACGGUGGUUGCAGCGGCAUGCAACGGCACGGCGGCUGCAGCAACAUGCAACAGCACGGUGGCUGCGGUGGCAUGCAUCGAUACGGUGGCUGCGGCGGCUGCAGUGACAUGCAACGGCAUCACUAAGGCAGCUGCUGAGGUGUUGCCAAGCGAGCCGGAAGAGAAUGACGAAGUGGCCAGCCUCACAACAUAUGCGGUGGGGAUCGAGGCGAUGCUCAACCUGCCGCACACUCACCUUGAGAAUGACUAUGCUGGUGCGGUGAAGUGGACAGCCACAAACGGUGGUGUGCUAGUCAUGGACCUAGAAAAAGGAGGGGAGGACACGUCGAGCGCCUCCUCCCAAGAAGCCAAACUCACUCGUCAAACACUUCCGCUGCCUGACGAGCAAGAGGGGGAGGUUCUUAGGAUGGUCCAUGGCCCUGAGCAGAAUCAGCCACUGUCACGUUCCAUCAUCAUGGUCCCGGUGCCGUCCGUGCAAGAGGGCGAGCAACUCCUUGAUCGCUCGGUGGGCCCUUUGAGUAGCAAGGCACCUACUACACCUCCUCCUCUCGGUCCACCCUCCGUUGCUAAUUCGGCGCCCGUGGGACUAGAGGAUGGUCCUAUGGAGGUUGGCACCAGCAUGGCUGAUCACGAAGACGAAGAAGAAGUAGCAGUGGAUGAGCAGUCACCAAUGGCCCAUGAGCAUGAGCCUUCACCUGCAGUUUCCCCCAUCCAGCCCAUUCCACCACCCCCACGUCGCUCCAGCAGGCCUAACAAGGGGGUGCCACCCGUACGGUUUCAGCCAUUAUCCAUGACGGCCCAGGAUGCAAACGAUAAGGACAACCCGUACGACGUGGCGUACCUUACUGAGGACGAUUGCGACACGGACAGCGAUGACGAAGUGGAGUAUCCGGACGAGGAUGAGGAAGAGGAAGGUGCUUGGGGAGGUGUCAUCCUCGACCUGGCAGCUGCGUUGACCGGACAUGAAGGCAAGGAAUAG